AUGUGCCGGUUCCAGUCGCGGCGGGUCCGGCUCGCACCGCUUCCCUUGAUGCUGCUGAUCCUGCUCGCGUGUACAUCCGUGCUACCGCGCGCGCUCGCCCUGUCCGUCAUCGACCCCAACGCGGGCACCGAUGCUAACGGCAGGAACAGUCCGGCUUCGGCGAGCGCGGUGGCAGGAGAGCAUGUGACGGUUUUCAUGUGCGCCGGCAGCGGCGACCUCUCCGGCGCGCACGAGCUCGGCGGCCUCAUAAGGGCCAUGGAGGAAACACAAGUGCUGUCGCUCAAGUACUGUCAGACAGCCCACCUGGGCCACAUCCGCCACGCCGACGGGCACGCGGUUCGCAGCCUCGUCGUCACAACGGGCAUCAACUACAUCAGCUCCACGCUCUGCACGCGGAGUGUUAUGAAGCUGCGCCGCCAACGCGGCUACACCUACGACGCCAUGGUAUUCAUCGGCACCUCCGGCUUCUCACCGAUGGUGGGCGGCUGGGACCCGACCAACACGUCCUCGUACGUCGCCUCCAAGGAGAGCAAACAGGAGGCCAUGAUGAAGGGCGAGGCCGCCGCCGCCGGCAUGGACGCGGCGCCGCCCGCACCGCUGUUCAAGACCCUGGAACAGGUGCGCGAGGAGCAGGCAAAGGAGGCGCGAUUUCGGCAGGCGGCUGUGGACGGCGGCCAGCUCUUCACGCUCCCCACUGCGUCGCAGCUCAACUUCGAGUACGCGCGCACCGGUGAGCAGGUGGACUGGGACGGUUGCUCGCCACGCGUGCCCAGCGCGAUCACUCCGCUCUCUCUCGGCAGCGUGUGCGUGACGUCGACGGCGUACCUGAUAGAAACGGGAUGCUGCACGGAGCGCGUGCGCCACUCACAGUGCAGCCGGCCGCACUGCACCAGCUUCCGUAGCGAGCUCGGCAGUGUGACGAAGGUUUUCUUCGCCAGCGAUGCGCUCGCCAGGCAGAUCGAGGCGGCAUCGCAGCACAAGACGUGGCCGGAGAUGCCGGAGAUCGUCAAGAAGGGCCAGAUGCGCUUCUGGGCCACCAACGAGGCCGUAGAGCCAGUUGGUGAAGGAGCGCAGCGUCACCGCGCCGCCCCAUCUGGUCCGUUGUUUGUCACCUGCGCCGAGGCCACCGGUAACACAAUCAGCACUGGAGCCGAACGCGACUACCUUUGCCGGGAGCACACCACACACGCCCUCAGCAUUGCGCAGCACCGUCUUGCCGAUCUCCAAGACGGCAAGGCCGCCCCGCAGGAGCCGCCUCUCACCACACAGAAUGUGGUGUGUGUGCGGGCCAUGGAGUCGAUGGGCUUCCUGAAUUCUGUGGCGGAAGACAUCACUGCUCGUGACAUCCCUGUGGCUGUGGUGCGCGGCGCCGCGAACUACGACAUG